GCAACAUAGCAACAAGCGUCAUUGAGGGGAUAUGCAAUAAAGUCGCUCAUCCAAAAGAAUUGAUACCAAUAAGUAUAGAUGGUGGUCAGGCUCUAUGUGUAUUCUAACCUUCAAACCGAUAAUUCUGCGGAAGGCAUUCGUGUAGUGUAGAUUCUACCACAACAAAAGAGCUGAUAUCUGAACUUUUAUUGAGAUGCAGUGUGGCUUGCUAGGCAUCAAUGGCGCCUGUCUCACAACUACUACUCUACUACUGUAAAUAUCCAUAAUGAAAUCACGUAUUACGCAAGACGAGGGAGAGGUAAUAUUAUCUGACCUGCGCUUAUUUAGCUUCUGUGUCAGAUCACGGGAAUGUGCAUUAUCAUGCUGUUUAUUCUUACUAGAUUCAUGUCUUUUGCUGAAGUUUUCAGCCGAUAAUUACUUGUUUGCCAUUUUGUAUAAGUCUGCUAACCAGAUGACUGCAGGCAUAUGAGUCCUAGAUUAUUUGAUGCGAGGUCAAAAAACACAAAUGCAAUAUGGACACCGAAAGUCGGAUACUAGAUGUGCUAAUACCUUAAACAGUAACUUGAAACAAGAGAAGCGGUAAGGGUAAUAUCCAAUGUGAAGGGAGGCAAAUUUAGAUACAAGCACUAUUGCUAUUUAUAACAGUAAUUACUAUUGUUAAAAACAUUACCUAAAAGGCAAGAAUACGAAAGAAAAGAAUAAAAAAACUAAAAUCACCCCGAGAAGUAACACAAACUACGAACGCGAUGGCCUGCAAACAGAAUAGUAAUCAUAUCCCAAUAAACCUAUGCAUUCACGAGACCCUCCUCGCACCAUGUUUUCGAAUGAGUUUCAGUUUAAAGUGUCUGGUUCUCUAUUGGACAAAUGGUCUGAUAAUGAUUUGUGUUUUACUGUUUCAGCACCAUUGCUAUGGCUUUAGGCAGUUUUUAGUUUGUACUCUUAAAGCGCUCAUUUUGUCUGAGAUAUGAGUUUAAGUGGCACGAACGGGAGAGUUCCUUGUGAUGAAGAAGUUGGGUUCCUUCCAUCUAAAAAUAACUCUGACACCAAUGAAAGUAAUAAGGCUUCUAUGGACACCUAUCGUCUUCUUACGAGGGAAGAUUUGUUGCAACUCGAUUCUAAGGAACCUAUGUGGCGCCGUCUUCGAUGGGGUUUAUUUAUACUGUUUUGGAUUGUUUGGGUUGGAUUGCUGUUGGCUGCAAUUCUGAUAAUAGUUUUCACUCCAAAAUGUCCACCACGACCGAAUCUUCCAUUUUGGCGAUCAAGCAUUGGUUAUUGGGUAGACCCAUUCGCGUUUAGAGACUCGUCAGAUGAUAAAAUUGGUGAUUUUAAAGGCUUGGUUGAUAGACUCGACUAUAUAAAAAAUGCACUAGGGGCGGGUUUCGUUGUUGUAACGUCUAUGUUCUCUGGUUAUUACUCAAAUGAUGAGAAAAUACUUGGUCUUGUGAAUGAUUUCUACACACCUGAUACUGCUGCUGGCAGUAUUGAAGAUUUUAGGUACUUCGUCAAGUCGUGCCACAGGAGCGGUGUUUAUGUUGUUUUAACCAUGGACUUUAACAGUGUCUCCACGAAGCAUUCAUGGGCUAAAAAUGCGUCGCUGCUUGAACCAUAUAAAACUGGAAAGUUUUCACGUUUGGGUGAGGACGCUAAAACAACCAUAAGUGGCUCUGAUUACUAUUCUGUUUUUGGUGCAAAUGUUGUGGACCUCAAUCUCAGGGAAUCGGGAGCACUAGAUAACGUGAUUGAUGUGACGAAGUUUUGGCUGAGCGAAGGGAUAGACGGUAUCCUUCUAGACAAUGUUGCUUUCUACGUUGAGAAUGCUGAGAACCCUAGUGAUUCACUUGUAUCAUCGGAAUCACAGUGGUUUAAGAGUUAUCCAACUUCCCAGAUAUAUACAAACGAGUCAUUGGAAUUCGUCCAAAAAAUCAGAAAGGUUGUUGACGAAGUGUCGCAGUCAAGUGGGAAACCAAAAUUACUAGCGGUGGACGCUGGAAAUACAGGAUAUGGUGUUGGUGAGGGGGAGGAUACGGCUAUGAAGUUCUUAGGUACGAAAGAAUCACCUGGGGCGCAUGCGGUAGUAAGCCGUCAGUUUGUUAAUCAACGUGGAUGGAAAGCCACCCCUAGUAAGGCGGAACUGACAAGCAGUGACAUUGUUACAUAUGACAAGCUGAAGGUAGAUGACCGACAUUCUAUGAUUUUGACAGCCGCUUCACCAAGCGACCCAAGAAAGGAUGAUGUAGUGUCGUUAGCAUCCACACUUUUACUUCCAGGAACUUCACUGUUGUACUAUGGUUCUGAAUUAAAUAUUGAACUAAAGAGCGCAGAGUUCGCCUUUGAUUUUUAUCCGUUUGAUAGAAAAUCCAUAUUCCCUACUUCGAGUAACGAUAACGUCCUCCUUUCUCACUUGGCGAUGCCAUGGGAUCAGUCUGGAAUAGGUUUUUCAGCUGCACUUUAUAAUUCAACUUCGUUUACAAAUUAUACAAAGGAUUUUGGUAUCGGUGAAACAGUCGAGGUGGGUCAAUGUUCAGAAUUUCCCAAAAAAUAUUUUUGUUUGCAAGUAUUUUGCACUUUGAUAUUUGUCUUCUUCCCUUUCCUCCCCCCUCCCACAGAAAAUCCGUGUCCGGCAAAGUUAAGUGUUUUAUAGAUGCACGACCCAGCCACUCAGUUGCCUCAAAAGUUAUAAAAUAUGCAGACUGCAGCAGUGGUAUGCGUCUUUAUAACAUUGUGUAUUUCUGGUGAAAUAGAUCAGUUAGCUCUAUUUUAUAGAGUUUAUACCAGUUGCCUCUUCAGAUGGUAAAAGCUUAGACAAUUUUAUUCAGUUAUGAAAUGCCUUGUUGGCUAACCACCUUUAAGAAUUCUGAUCUGUUUGCCUGAUGUCCUAGUAAUAUAAAGUCAUACAUUGUGGAUAUAUUUUUCACCUACUUAUAUUGUCCAAUUCAUUUUAUUCAUUUCUGUCUCCAGCUGAUGUAGAUUACUCGUCCUGUUUUCAGACAGCUUACAUUGAGCACCUCUAAACUUGUAACUGUCAGCAUGACACUCAUGUUGUGGGUAAUUUCCUUCAUACAAAGUGAAGUCUAUUCCCUUCACUUCAAAAAUUUCGUUUAAGAAUACAAUUAUCUAGAAUACUUUCAUUUAACUUUUAUCAAAUAUGAAUAAAAUAUUCACUUUGAUUAUCAUCCACAUGACAAGAUACAGGAGACCUCAUUCUCUCAUCACUUACUCAUUUCAAACUCGUUUGCAAUUUCAUAUUUCUGUACGUUAUAAAUGUUACAUAACUUCCAUUAUAUCUGGCUAAAUUAUUUUCAGAGGAGAUCGAGGUAUGGGGUUGAAAAUAACAAGGACUCCUGAAAGCACCUCAUGGUUGGGUUUUUGUCAUUAAUUCUAAUUGCCCACCGUGGAUUAACAGAAGUUGUAACAGAGGCAAUUUGAUUCUGUCUGACCCAUUGAUUGAACGGUGAGAUGGUGACCGUGGGUUUUUAGACAGGAUUCAUCCUAAGUCUGCGUCAGCAAGUGGUAGAGGAGUUACUCCGUUCAGCCUCGUCCAGAGUCUUAUAUCAGUUAGCAAAAAUGAAAGCAUGUUAUGGGGCGACUUCAAAUUAUUGGAAUCUACUCCUACGACACGAGAUUUGAAGUUCCAAAUAUUCGAGCGCAGAGCUGAAGGUUUUCCGGCAUCCAUAGUUGUACUACGUAAAGAUGAAAGCACUGCUAGUGGAACUUUCAGUUUUUCUAGUGUUUGCCCGCGUAUCAUUCCAAGGGUGAUAUAUCCACCGAAUGACAAGUUUAAAAUUGGUGAAGCAGUUAACAGUGAACGCGUCUACCUAAAGUCUAGUGGAGAGGCGAUAGUUUAUGUAUUUGACUGUGCAUAAAAGCUGUGUACUAUCUAUAAUUGAUUAAUAGUAUCACUAGUUAUUAGUUCCACAGCUAAUUGGACGUGUAUCUUUAUGUUCGAAGCUGUAAUCUUUAACAAAGUUAAUGCUUAAGUCUACCAAUAUUUCCAACCAAUUGACAAAUAUACUUGUUUUUGGAUGGAAUUUUAUUUAUUUAUCUCAAAAACGAGUAUUCUAAGUUGUUCAGAAAAGCUUGAUGCAUACAACAAAAUACUUAUUCUCUGUCUAGGUUGACAAUGUACAUGAUUUGUAGUAAGAUUUUAUAAAGCCAUCACUUAAAGGAUAGGUUAAAAAGAUGAGGUGUAUUAUUUUUAAUAAAAUAAGUCCUAAUUGCAUAUAUUCUGAGUCUGAUCAACCUCAUAAACUUGAAAGCUUCAGUCAGUUUUUUUGGAACGCUUUGAAAAUGAUACAUAGCAAUAUGCAUAGUGAUCGAUUCCAAUCUUUAGAGACCCAGGAAACAAUAUUUGAGUACAGUCGCGUAUUGUAUAUGAACCAUAAGUCGUAAUUUUCAAAAAUUGUACAGGUGUGUAGGAUUUCUUAAUAGUGGAUC